AUGCGGCUGGUCCUCGCAUGCCUUUUUUUGCUAUUUAGUUCCUGCUUCGGUCAAAAAGUUAUACUAGUUUCAUUAGAUGGUUUCCGACAUGACUACAUUGAGAAGGCAUUAGCAGCUAAGAGGAAUGUUUCCGCUUUCCAACAGAUCACCAACGCCGGAUUUAGAGCAAUGAAAGUUCAAAGUGUCAUGCUUUCUCUCACCUUCCCGUCACAUUUUUCUUUGGCAACUGGUCGUUAUGUAGAAAACCAUGGACUUGUUGGCAAUACCUUCUGGGAUAAUGACUUGAAAGACAACUAUGUGUACACGAACGAUACAAAGAACCUUGAACCGAAGUGGUUUACCAUGAAUGGAAACGAACCACUUUGGCUAACAAACCAGAGAAAUGGAGGCAAAAGCUGUGUAUUCUAUUGGCCUGGGAGCAAUUCUCGCAUGAAUGGGGAAAUGAUGUACACAGAUUUCGGGCUCUACAGUUCUAUACCGUCAUUGAGAUUCCGCGUGGACAGAAUAAUGGACUGGAUUACUAAACCGGACAUCAACUUUUGUAUGCUGUAUUUUAACCAACCGGACAAUGCUGGCCACAAAUAUGGCCCUGAUUCUACGCAAGUUCUUGACGCAAUUGAAGAAGUUAAUGACGGAAUUGCUUACUUACUGCAAAGAAUUGAACAAUCCAAAGAGCUGGAUGAACCCCCAAAUAUUAUUGUUACAAGUGAUCAUGGCAUGACAACUGUAAAUUACAAAAAAGUUGUCAACGCUUCUGAAGUCCUCUCCGCAGAUGAAUAUAUAUUUGGAGUAGAUGGCUCACCAGCUUCUCUUGGUGUGUGGCCUAAGGCAGAAGGACAAGCGGCCAUCGAUGCAAUUUAUAACAAACUAAAGACCUUGCAAAACUGUAAAGUGUACAAGAAGGAGGAGAUACCGGAAGAGUAUCACUUCAAGAACAACAGUCGCAUUGCGCCAAUUGUUCUCAUUCCAGACCUUGGUUGGAUGGUUCAAUCGGAUCCCAACGAUCCAUACAAAAGCAGUCUUAAUGGUAUGCAUGGUUAUAACAAUUCCGAGCCAGACAUGCAUCCAUUCCUCGUGGCAAUGGGACCUGGAAUCAAGCAGAUUGGUCCCAUUGAAGAGUUCCACCAAGUGGACGUCUACGCCCUCGUCUGUCUUCUCCUAAAGAUAUAUCGACCAAAUGUAGUUGACAGCAACGUGUACCGUGUAAUUCCAGUAAUCAAGAAUUUGCCUUCAAUUGAUGUUAUCGAAGCCUUCAAUGCAUACGCGACAGGCGCAAGAUCGCUGCCAGAUGGGUCGAUGACGCUAUCUGGUAAUUAUUACUAUUAUUAUUUUUUAAAUUUUUUUCAUCACUUGUAA